UUUCUUAAGACCAGGCGGGGGAAAAUGCUGACAGCUUUACUUUAAAAUACCUUCAGAAUAAUUUGACACCCUGCUGCUAAUCCUCUAGUGACCAACCUUUGGAUCCUGGACCAGUCUUCACAAAUCAUUUGCUGUAAACCAAUUUGCUGCGUUAAAGACAUUUCUAGCUCAUGCCUCUAUUACAUAAGCUCUUAUUGUCUCGAUCUGCGUUUGUCAUUUGGUUAAUAGGUUCUGUUAAAGACAAAAGUCAAAGACGCACUCGUGUCUCUGUGCUGUAAGGCUUUAUACAUCUAAAAGUGACAGAGGUGACGGCGUGACGAGGUUUGGCUUAGAGUUUUAUUUGUGUGUCCAGAUGUCUUUUUUUAGUUAAUCAGUGUAGGCUGCCAUUUCCAAUGGGCAACUUCUGUUCACUUACAUGCAAACACGCAUGCUGUGCUGGUAAACUGAGUACUGAAAGUGAAUCUGUAGGAAGUGAUUGUGCUGCUUGUUUCCUCUGCAUGUCUUUGGCAGUUAGGUAGGUGUUGUAGAAUUGCAAAGGAAAUGUAGCAUAACAGCAGCGGACUUAUUAUGUGCUGUAGCACAUUGUGUUGGGGAGAAUUUCAUCAGGCGAUGCUGCUGGCAUGACAUAGUGGGACAUUUACUGCUCCUAAAAUGACGAUGAGGAUGAUGAUGAUGAUGAUGGUGCCGAUGAGGAUGAUAAUGAUGGGAGGAGGCCACGGCCGAAGGUGCAGCCCUUGCUAGAAUCAUCCUUUCUCCCCCAGCCUCCACCCCUCCACCAUCAACCACUUCUUCCCUCCCCUGGCACCAUGGCAAACCACCUGGAGCUGAUCCAGGAGCUGCAGCAGCUGGACAAGGUGCCCAGCCUGGAGAGGUUGCGGGCUGCCCAGAAGCGGCGUACUCAGCAGCUGAAGAGAUGGGCUCUGUACGAGAAGGAGAUGCAAAACAAGAAGCGAAAGGCUGACAAGAAAGGGCGUAAUGCCAACAACAUUCACCAAGAGUCCAAGAGGCAUGUGUCAUUUGCUGCCAGCGUGGCACUUCUGGAGGCAUCGGCCAGAAAUGAUCCAGAUGAAGUCCGCUACCUGCUGAAAAAUAAUGUGAGUCCAGACCUCUGCAAUGAAGACGGUCUCACUGCCCUGCAUCAGUGUUGUAUCGAUAACUAUGAGGAGAUGGUAAAGAUCCUUCUGGACAGAGGAGCCAGCGUCAACGCUCAGGACAAUGAGCUGUGGACGCCGCUGCACGCCGCUGCCACGUGUGGCCAUGCAGGACUGGUCAAGAUCCUCAUUGCACACGGUGCAGACUUGCUGGCGGUCAACUCUGAUGGGAACAUGCCCUACGACCUGUGUGAAGAUGACCCAACACUGGACAUCAUUGAGACGGCUAUGGCCAACAGAGGCAUCACCCAGGAGAUGAUUAAUGAGACACGCGCGUCAACAGAGAGGAGGAUGCUCGGAGACAUUCAGGAACUGCUGAGACAGGGUGAGGAGGUCAACCAACAGGACUCUCAGGGAGCCACACUGCUCCACAUCGCAGCAGCAAAUGGCUACUUGCAGGCUGCAGAGCUGCUGCUGGAAGGGGGAGCUCGCAUGGACCUGAGAGAUUCAGAUGGAUGGCAGCCUCUUCAUGCUGCAGCAUGCUGGGGUCAGAUGCAGGUGGCGGAGCUGUUGGUGUCUCAUGGAGCCAGUCUCAAUGCCAAAUCCUUCCUAGAGGAGACACCCAUCGAUCUGUGUGAGGAUGAGGAGUUCAGAGCCAUCCUGCUGGACUUGAAACACAAACACGACAUCAUCAUGAAGUCACAGCUCAAACACAAGACCUCACUGUGCAGGCGGACAUCCAGCGCAGGCAGCCGUGGAAAAGUGGUGCGGCGAGCCAGCCUGUCAGACAGACACAACUUGUGCCGUAAGGAGUAUGAGACGGAGGCCAUCGUUUGGAGGGGAGGCAGAGAGGAGGAGGACGAAAAAGAGAAAGAGUCUGAUCAGGAGAACAACCAGGUGGUCAGUGUCAAGCCAGUUGUAGCUGUGGAGCUGCCAGACAAGCCCAAACUGCCGACCAUCCUCAAAGAUGGCAGCGGCAAACAGAACGGCCUCAUCUCCACGACGACGUCCAUGCCGCCGCAACAGCCUUCCAAUGGCAACACGUCAUUGUCUGAUAAGGGCGCGCUCAUCAACACCCAGGAGGAAACCUGGCCGAGAGAACGCGCUCAGACUCUGUCGGAGCUCAAGAAGCAGCGGGCUGCCGCCAAACUGAUGAAUCACCCCUUGUUCAACGGUCACCUAGGUAACGGCUCCACAGACUCCUUCACUGAUGCCAAAACCAACUCUGAGGACCCCCGCAUGCCGCUGGUGUCUUCCAAUGGCAGCGCGGUUUACUACACACCAGCCAGCGGUGACCCGCCCCUCCUUAAACUGAAGCAACCAAUAGAGGAAGAGCAGCCGAAGGUGAGGACCUGCUGCUGCGUGUCAUAGCUCCCCGGUCAUGUGACUGUAGAUUGAACAGGAAGUGUUUGCACAGAGAGAAGGGAAGUGAGGAAUGGGCUGUAGGAGGGAGGAGAGGAAGGAAGGAAAAAGGGAGUGUUCCUGUCCUUUCCCUCCCCUCCUUUAAGCUUCUCCCGCAGAACAUGGCUGGCGUAAAGAAGGCGCUGAAACUUCCCCUCGUACCUCCCCACCACGUGACUCCUGCUCCCACAGGGGAGAAAUCCUCCCAGUGCAGGCAUGUUUCAAGUGUAGCAGAAAGGAGAAGACGAACUGGAUAGAAAGAGUGCAAGUAGUUGCUCUCCCCGUGCAAUUUCGAGAAUCAAGGUGUGGACAGGUUUUUUCUAAGGUUUUCACCUGGAAAGGUUCAAAGAUUUUGAAUCAGGGAAAGCAGAGAAGAUCUCACGGUCCAAGAUGCAUGUUCCACCCUCACAGAUGAAGAUGGAAAAGAGUCUUUUUUAAUGAAUCAAACAGCAUUUUCAAACAGGACAAGCUCGCAUUGUUGUUAAGUCACAUUGUUCAGCUUUUUUCUUUUUUUUUUUUUCCUUUGUCAAAUUUUUGGCAUUUUCAGAUGUGUAGGAAGGCCAUUGCAGAACAGUCCAGAUGUAUUGUGUUACAUCAUGUUGCACUGGAACACAUCAACAGUGAAACGUAGCAAAAAGAGAGAUUUGUGACAUCUCUUUUGAAGUAGCUAUCACAUUAAAAUGCUGUCUGCAUAAGUAAAGGGAAGGAAUGCCAUAAUACAGUGUUAAUAUAUACAGAAAGUGUACUUUUACAGUGAGAGAUGGAGCAGGUGAGAGUAUUGUAGUGUAUUCUGUCUGCUAUACUUCACCUCAUCACGUCGAACCUGAACUGACGGGUCGUUCUUGCACAGUCCUCUUUGUGCUCUCUCGUUUAGAUACUCAAGCAGACGUGGUCGAGGAUUACUGUACAUUUCUUUAUUUAUGAAAUUAAUGUAAUGAGUAAAAAAGAAAAAAAAAAAAAAAAGGUAAACAUUAUGGUUUCUAAAGUUGAGUGUAUUUAUUAUUUGGAUGGCGUGUGGAGAGUGUGAAUGCAAUAUAAGAUGAGCUGGGGAUUCUUCCAGCAAAGCACCUUCUGACAUGGAAAAUCAAAUGUUCAACUGAUGAAGCGAAGUAAGGGUUACUUAUGCUAUGUGUACACGCUAUCAAAAUCACAUAAACAAGCCAUUGUAUAGGGAUGGAUUUCACAUUUGUGUCACUACAAAUAACAGUGUUAUUUGUUUGUUUUGUGGUGUGUUGUUUUUUUUUCUGGUGGCCAUUGUGUGGCUUUAUUUUCUCCUAGUCACUGUAUUUGUUAACAGAACUUGUAAAUGUUAUGUAAUCAAUUACUAAAAAGUACAGUUUGAGUUUUCUGAAGAUACAUGUGGACGCUGUGCUUGCCUCAGUUUUCUUAGAACAGAAAUCCACCCUUGGAUUUGGUGCCCACACAACUAUGUCAGGUGUGUUUUAAUGGGCUCAACACAAAAAUCUAAACUUGCCUGCUUAAAAACAAGUAGCAGAAGCAGUUUUUCUGCUUAAUUAAAGGAGUACUUUGACAUUUUGGGAAAUAUAUUUGCUUGCUUUCUUGCUGAGAGUUACAUGAGAAAAUGAAUAGCUCUCUUGUAUGCUUAAUAUGCAGCUGGAGCCAGCAGCUUAGUAGAGCAUAAAGACAGCAUAAGGAGGAGGGGGAGGGGGAGGGGCAGGUGGGUGGGGGGUGGUGGUGGGGUGGUGACAAAUAGCCUAACAAAAUCUGCCCACCAGCACUGGAUGCUCUCUCGGCUGGGUAAAGUAAUUUUCCUGAAUGCUUAAUUUAAAUUUUUGCCAUGAAAAAGUGAGACUUAAAGGUGCUAGUAAGCAGAUUUCUUUUUCUUCUUCUUCUUUUUAACUCAAGACAGGCUAUCUGUUUGCUGCCCAAACGACAAACAGACAGACAGAUAGAUGUGAGCGUGGUAUCAGUCUUCACAUCUAAUUCGACAAGAAAGUGAAUAUGCAUAUUUUCCAAAAAUACUCCUUUUAUCCAAUAACAGCUCUUCUAAUCUCCUUGUGAGUGCCAAAGAGUCUUCCAUGAUUUAAAAAAAAAAAGUUUGGGUGAAGACCUUCUUUGCCGUUACAGAGAUUUGUUUGUUUUCUGGUGGCCAACCCUUAUAAACGUGAUUUACCCACAAUGCCGCUACCACUUUAUCCCCACAACAUUGGCUGUACAGUGUCAAAUAUUUGUACAGAUGCAUUUGUAAAUAUGUUUGUAUUAGUAUCCCCUCAUCUGUUUCCCAUGAACUGCAUUUACAUGUCUGUGUUGUUACGGUUGAACACAUAGAAAAAUACAAUUACCCACAGUGAUGAACAGUGUUAGCAAACAUUUGGUUGCCAAGAGCGAGCCGUGAGUCUGUGUAGACACCCCUUAGUAGUCCAGCAGUCGUAAAUCUCUCUGUAAAGUUGAGUGCGCCCAGGUGUCAUCACCAUACUCGAUAUUUUCCCCCUGCUCUUGUAGUAACUGGUGUCUGCGGUUGAUUAUUUUUUUUUUUUUCCCUGUGCAGCAGUCCUUUUUUUAAUGUCGUGCCCUCAUAGGAAGGAGUUUGUCUGUUUUUCAGCUCAAAUUGGGGAAGGAAGUUAAGUCACCAUCAAAGCAACAGCUAUAUCCCCUGCUUUGGUUUCAGAAGCGUCUAAGGCAGUGACGUCGUCUUGUUAUGAGUCAGCUGAAAUUCACUGGAGUUGCUCAAACUCACAUAUGUCUGAGUUGCUGCAGUCAGUUACAAUUAAAUCUUAUUUUUGCUCCAUAUUAUGAAAUUCAGUCUGAAUUACUGAAUCAUAAUUUUCCAGUACAACCGGGUCACUUUUAGUCAGAAAGGGACAGUCGGCUGUUAAAAUGUAUCCUGUGUUCUCAUUGUGUACAGAGGUCAAAGCUUGUGUUUGUCUGCAAGCCUCGUUGUCUAUAAAGGAUAAAAUUAUAAAGACAAAAAACUACUGAUUUUGUAAUUGCUGGAAUAUAUUGAUGGUUGCAUUAACAGAUUUUGAAUAAAUUGUAUAUUUUGAGAA